AAAAUUAAGAAUCAUGAGCUUCUUAGAUCAGCUGAAAAGUAAAAAAAAAAGCUUAGAAAGAGUUGAAACUAAAUUAACUACAGAAAGUGGCCUUGUUUAUAAAGAAAUUAAAUCAGUAGAUGGUUUUAUAAAACAAUCUCUGUUAACGGAACAAACAUUUGGUUUUGUUGUUGAUAUAAAGCCAGAUCUUCAUGUUGGUAAAGUGUUUGAAUUUUUAUAUUUUGGUUCACAAGAUAGUGCUUGUGAUAUAAAUAUUUUAAGUUCUUUACAAAUAACUGAUAUAUUGAGUGUUGGUGUUGCAGUGCCUACAAAUUCAAAUUUGAUGUACACAUUUAUUGAAGCCUAUGAUUUACCAACUUUUAAAAUGACAAAUAUUUUUGAUGAUUGUUUUAUAUAUAUUGAAAAUAUAAGAUUACGGAAUCGACGUGUAUAUAUUCAUUGUAAUGCUGGUGUAUCCCGUUCACCAACUAUUGUUAUUGCUUAUGUUAUGAAAUACUUAAAACUUGAUUUUAAAAGUGCUUAUCAAUUUGUUAAAAACACAAGAUUAACUAUUAAGCCUAAUGCUGGUUUUAUUUCACAAUUAAUAGAUUAUGAAAAUAAAUUAAAAGAAUUUCAGAGCAUUUUGUUUGGCUUUAUGGUAAUAAAAGGUUAAGAUUCUUUAUACUUAAACUCACAAUUGAAAACAAUUGAAAUUGUGUUAGCAGUAACAUAAAUUGGCACAGGUUUAAUUUUAGUUCAUAAAUCACCAAAUUUCAUAAUUACAUCGAUUAUUGUCCUAUUGUAUUGGAUGAAAUGUUAUUAAAAUAAAUAUGGAUUACAAAUGUAAGUAAACAAUUUAGAACUCAAUAAACAAUAUUUGUUGAACAA